ACGUCUUUCAAAGACAUCCAAGCAAGGGCUUGGAGAAUUUAAAAAUGAAGUCAAUUCUAUUGCCAGACUUCAACAUAGGAAUCUUGUGAAACUUUUGGGAUGGUGUAUUCGUGGGGAUGAAAAGAUGCUGAUAUACGAAUAUAUGCCAAAUAAAAGCCUUGAUUCAUAUAUAUUUGAUAUUCAAAGGAGAGCAUUACUUGAUUGGCCAAAACGCUUCAACAUUAUCAAUGGAAUUGCUAGAGGGCUUUUAUAUUUACACCAAGAUUCUCGACUAAGAAUUAUUCAUAGGGAUCUCAAAGCUAGCAAUAUUUUGUUGGAUAUUGAUAUGAACCCAAAAAUAUCAGACUUUGGAUUGGCAAAGAGCAUUGGAUUAAAUGAGACAGGAGCAAAUACUAAUAAAGUUGCUGGAACACUGCAUGGAAGCUAUACAGAGAUGGUAGAUUGAUUGAACUUGUAGAUGAGCAUCUGGAUGAACCACAUGAUUUUCCUCAAGUUCUAAGAUCAAUCCAUGUUGGCCUCUUAUGUGUUCA